CGGUGUCAGCAGCCGCUUGACAUCCGCAGCACCCGCAAGGCCCGCACCCAGGCUCUGGCCCCAAAGGUGGGCGCCAGGCCCAGGCACGGCCCGUCCCCGCUCCAGACCCUUACCUGAGCCAGCUCUUGGUCCCCGCUACCGCAUCCUCCAAGCACAACGCCCCUGCCCCCAUGCUUCCCCCCGCCUCGCAUCCCAGCAACGCGUGCAGAGCCCAGGAGCAUGGUGGUCCUCCCCCAGGCCUGCCCCACGCCCCCCGGACCUGGACGCCCCCCGAGGCCUGGACGCUCCCACCGCGGCGCUCCUGCCCCGCUUCAAGGCCCCCAAUCCAGGUGCACAACCUUCAGGUUUGGCCCCACGAAGAUGAACUGGGCACCCGCAACGUGCUGGGCUCUGCUACUGGCGGCCGCUUUCCUCUGCGACAGCGGCGCAGCCAAGGGCGGCCGCGGAGGGGCGCGGGGCAGUGCCCGGGGAGGGGUUCGCGGGGGCGCGCGCGGGACCUCGAGGGUGCGCGUGAGGCCGGCGCCGCGCUACGGUGCCCCUGGCUCCUCCCUGCGCGUGGCUGCGGCAGGGGCGGCGGCUGGGGCGGCGGCGGGAGCAGCCGCGGGCCUGGCGGCGGGCUCGGGCUGGAGAAGGGUCGCGGGAGCGGGGGAGCGCGGCCUGGAGGACAACGAGGACGGGGUGCCCGGAGGCAACGGGACCGGCCCCGGCAUCUACAGCUACCGGGCGUGGACUUCAGGCGCUGGACCCACGCGCAGCCCUCGUCUCUGUCUUGUGCUGGGCGGCGCCCUCGGCGCCCUGGGGUUGCUGUGGCCCUAGGCCUGGCUGGGCUCGGGGACUACAUCUGGCCCCCGGCCCGCGCCGUCCCCAGGAUCCCCCGGACUGGGCUCCCCCUUCCUCCCUUGCCCACGGUCUUGGGCCCCAGCUGGGGCUGGAGCUGCAGGCUGUCCCUGUGGACCUGCCAUCCAGUGUCCUGCCCACGCCGCCUCAGCCUCCCACCUCCCACCUCGAGGGGACCAUGGAUCCUGCCCCACCCCGCUCCAGGAUGUUAGGGUCCCCCCAGUCAGAAAGGCAGCGGCCUGUGGCUCCUGUACCAACCGCCCAGCCACGCUCCAGAGCCGCCCAAAGGGAGGUGCCAAGACCAGGAACCCAAGCCACCCCGGCUCCCCUCACCUGCCCAGGGGCUGUGGUGACCCAUGGGCAGGGAGACGACCUCAGGCUGGUUCUGCCACGGAGGCCCUGAGGAAUGUGGCCCUCCCCAAAAGCAGCAAUGAAAUGGACCAAAGGACUUCAGGAUUUGGGGGGAAGUGAGGGGAAAACGAUAGGUGCUAACCACCUGCCCAGAAGAGACGAGUGGAUCUCACAGCCCAGGAACAUUCCCGAGCAGGGAAAAUGUCCCUCCGAGGAACGUCCAUCCUGGCUCUCUGCAGCUGAUGGGAAAACACACCCUGCCCUGGAGGGGCUGCCCAGGCCUUGUGCCCCACACCCUCAGGCUGAGAUCCGUCAGAGACCCACUUUGCUCCAACAACUUGAAACAUGUCACUUUACCCUCCUUAGGACCCAUUUCGGGGGGGAAAACCCAACACAUUCCAGAGCUUUCCAAAUCUUUUGAACUUUAGGUUCACAUUCAGGCAUCACAGUUCUGCCUGUACUCAGGGCACGGCCACUGCCAAUCCCGCUGAAGAGCCCUCCCUGGGCACAGCUCAGGCUGCACAGCACGCGUAUUUCCCUGCAGGCAGCCCCUUCCUCAGAAGCAGCUGUUCCAGGCCUCGGAACAGGGCCUGGGUAUCGAGGCAUGGUAGAUCGGCAGUUGAUGGCCUGCUCAGUGGAUCAGGAGCUGACUCAGACCACGGAGCAAGCAGGGGCCAGUGGCGGGCCCCGGCGCCCAGCAGGACACCCAUGCAAGAGGUUGAGCCCCCAACAUCUCCAAGGGCUCUGACCACCCAAGGACAGGAGACACAAGGAGUGGCACCAGACAGUCACGACAAGGACUUGCCUCCAGCACUGGACACACCUGUGUUCAGACCGGCCCUCUGCUUCCCAGUCCUGCCAGCCUGGGGCAUCCUCCAUGGACUCAGCACUGAGGGGUCUUGGGUCUGCCACGUUCUCUAGCUCUCCAGUCACCCGACUCAUCCGAGGUAGGAUGGGUUCUCCCUGGCCCCCCGUGGCCUUAGGAUCUCACCCUCUCCAUGCCCUGGUGAGAGCCUCGCCCGCUGCCAGGCUACAUCCCUCCUGGGCCUGAGCCUCUGGACUCAGUGGACACCAAAGUUGAGACCAGCACCCCCCAUGGGCCCUGCCAGCCUCUGCCUUCCCCAGCUGGCCUGGGUGCUGGCCAGGGUGAGGAUCUGGAAGCUGCUGGCAGGACUCAACCAAGCACUGCUCUCUAGCUCCGGGGCACUAAGCCACAGGAGGCAGCACCCUGCAGCCUCCCAUCCACACUGCCAGCAAUGCCCCGGCCCAGUGAGCCCAGACGCUCCCCCACCCCUUCCAGACCAAGCUCAGUGCCACCAAGACCAGCAGGCCAAGGCCAGGCCCUGCCCCAGAUCCUCAUAAGCAGAGGAGCCCUUCUGCCAUUUGCCCAGGAGGCAGGGAGUGGUCCGAGUCUCCUCAAAGUAGGGAGACCCACCGGAGCCCCCUUGACUUUGCAGACACCCACCUGGAAAAUGGGCUGAGCUGCACCAGACCCUCACACACCACAGCACUGCAAGCUGAUGGAAUGUUCCAGAUGUGAUGGACACAUCGUGAUCUGCAGCACAUCAGCAUCUGACACAGCCAAUCUGAACACUUCCGGCCCAGGCGGUCAGGGUUAUGGCAGGAUGCAGGUGGCACGCGGGGACUAACUUCAGGCUGAUGAGUGUGUGGGGUACGGGGCAGCAGAGGCAGCUAGCCAGCAAGGAGGGGCCGCUGAGCACCAGGGCCGUGGUGGAGGCUGCUGUGGGAAGGCCAGGCCACCACCGGAAAGAGGCCGGAGCUUCUGCACAGGAUGUCCCUGGCCCCAGGCCCCGCAGCACUUCAGUCCAUAUCCCCAGCCCCACUCACCUUCCUUCCUCUUCCCUCUUCUAGGACACAGGCUGUGGACCUUCAGGUGCACCGAUAAUGGGGCUGGAGGGGCCCGCACACCUCUCAGCCCCACUAAUGCAGAAACCCACGACCCGUGAGCUAGAAGGUGCUCAGAGGCCAGGGGGUCUCUACUGCCCAUGCCGGGCGGCCUUCCAGUCUCUGCACAGCAAAGCCAUGUGCAGGGCGUCCCCCUCAACUCUGCCCUGGAACAUGCCCCAGGGCACUGAGGGGUGAAGCCAGUGCUUGGGCUCUGCUGCUGGGAGUCUCGUUUGUGUCUACGUGCGCCUGUAAGUGUGAAAUAAACCUCUCUGGUGGCA